AUGACAGAGACUGCGCUCAAGGUCAGGAUCGACCUGCAUGUCCACACCCGCCACUCCCACGACUCGGCUGCGCCUGUUGACUCGGUGCUUCGGCGAUGCCAGGACUCCGGGUUGGGGAUGGUCGCCAUCACGGACCACGACAACAUUCGGGGCGGUCUGGAGGCCAGAGAGAGGGCAGCGGGCUUUCCGGUGAUAGUCGGCGAGGAGAUCAAAUCAGCCAAGGGAGACAUUAUCGGGCUGUUCCUGGAAGAACCCGUUCCGUCCAGAUUGAGUCCACAGGAAACAGCCAGGCGGGUUAAGGACCAGGGAGGACUGGUCGGGGUGCCACACCCCUUCGACAGAGUCCGUCCCACCGCCAUGGGCCUCAGGGCCAUUGAGGAAAUCCUGCCGUGGGUGGAUUUUCUCGAAGGCUAUAACGCCCACACGUUCCUGUCGAUGGACAACCGCCGGGGAGUGGAGUUUGCCGGAGCUCAUGCCUUGCCGGUCGUUGCCUGCAGCGACUCCCAUUCAGCACUGGAACUGGGCCGCACCUUCACCGAGGUGCCCGCCGAUGAACUGAACGGGACGCCUGAGGGACUGAUGCGGGCGAUUCGGAGAGGCGCCUGUGUGGGACGCCGUCCGAACCCCUGGCUGAUGCUGACCCCGGCAUACGCCAAACUCUGCAAGCUUGUGGCCUGA